AAAUCUCUCUCAUAUCCGCAAAGAGUAUAUUCCCCUUUCGGGGUUUUAGGGUAUUCACAGAGCAGUGAUGGCGCUUGCUCAGUCCGGCGCCAAGAAGGACGACGAUCGGGAAGAUGAUGCGGAGUACUCUCCUUUCUAUGGAAUCGAGAAGGCGUCGGUUCUCCAGGAAGCUCGUGUCUUCAAUGAUCCUCAGCUCGACACGAGGAGAUGUGCGCAGGUCAUCACAAAGCUUCUCUACUUGCUCAAUCAAGGGGAAACGUUCACAAAGACGGAAGCGACCGAGGUUUUCUUCGCGGUCACUAAGCUCUUCCAGUCGAAAGACGUUCCUUUGAGGCGAAUGGUUUAUUUGAUGAUCAAGGAAGUCACUCCAUCGUCCGACGAGGUUAUCAUAGUCACAAGCUCGCUGAUGAAGGACAUGAGCUCUAAGACGGAUCUCUACCGAGCAAAUGCAAUAAGGGUGCUUUGUAGGAUUACAGAUGGUGCUCUCCUGGGUCAGAUCGAGAGAUACCUCAAGCAGGCCGUGGUUGAUAAGAAUCCGGUUGUUGCUAGUGCUGCUAUUGUCAGUGGCAUUCAUCUUCUACAGACGAAUCCGGAGAUCGUAAGAAGAUGGAGCAACGAAGUGCAAGAGGCCGUUCAGUCCAAGAACCCUCUAGUCCAGUUCCAUGCUUUGGCACUUCUGCGCCAGAUUAAACAAAACGAUCGUCUUGCUGUUAGUAAACUCGUGACUAGCCUGAUUCGUGGGACGGUUCGCUCUCCUCUCGCACAAUGCCUUCUUGUGCGCUACACGAGCCAGGUGAUCAAGGAUUCGGCUGGAAAUGCUCCCGGUGGAGAUCGACCCUACUAUGAAUACUUGGAGACCUGUUUGCGUCAUAAAUCAGAAAUGACACAAUAUGAAGCUGCGAGAAUCAUAACCAAUUCGAGUACAGUCACCGGUCGGGAGUUGAUGCCAGCCAUCACGAUGCUGCAAAUGCUGUUAACGUCGUCGAAGCCUGUCCAUCGCUUUGCUGCCGCAAGAACAUUGAACAAAGUGGCCAUGAGCCAUCCCCUUGCAGUCACCAACUGCAAUAUCGACAUGGAAAGCUUGAUCAAUGAUCAAAACCGCAGCAUCGCAACACUGGCCAUUACGACGCUGUUGAAAACGGGAAAUGAAGGUGGCGUUGAUCGUUUGAUGAAGCAAAUUACGAGCUUUAUGUCCGACAUCGCGGACGAGUUCAAAAUCGUUGUUGUGGAAGCAAUUCGGUCGCUUUGCCUAAAGUUUCCACAAAAAUAUCGGUCUUUGAUGAACUUCCUUAGCGGCAUUCUUAGAGAAGAGGGAGGAUUCGACUAUAAAAAGGCAAUCGUUGACUCGAUCCUAAUUCUGAUCAACGAAAUUCCAGACGCCAAAGAAAGCGGGCUCGUGCAUCUUUGUGAGUUUAUUGAAGACUGCGAGUUUACGUACCUUUCUACACAGAUAUUGCAUCUUCUUGGGGAAGAGGGACCAAAGACCUCCGAUGCUAGCAAGUACAUUCGCUACAUCUACAAUCGUGUAAUAUUGGAAAAUGCUACUGUUCGAGCAAGCGCCGUCAGCUCGUUAGCGAAAUUUGGACUUGCGGUUGACUCUCUUCGGCCGCGAAUCGUCAUAUUGCUCAGGCGCUGCGUAUAUGAUAACGAUGAUGAGGUGCGUGACCGUGCAACUAUGUACUUGACUGCACUUGAAGGGGACCAAGCCGAAAGAGAAGAAGCGAAGCAUUCUCUUUUUGAUCCACUAAAGAUACCUCUAGCCAACUUGGAAGCGAGUCUGCAGUCUUAUGAUCCAAGCGAAUCGCCAUUCGACAUACACUCAGUGUCAGUGGAUGUUAAAGCACAGCCAGUCGUGGACAAUAAGAUGAAGAAAACUGGAAGAGACUCUGCUCCUUCCGUUCCUGAAACCAACAGCGCGGUUGUUGCUCCAACAGUUUCUCAUGAAAAAAGAUUGAGCUCCAUCCCGGGAUUUUCUGGUUUUGGAAAACUUCUCACGUCGUCGCAACCUACUGAGCUAACUGAGCCGGAGACUGAGUAUUCUGUGAAUGCUGUAAAACACAUAUACGCCGAGCAUGUUGUGUUUGAAUUCAAUUGCACGAACACAGUAGCGGAACAAGUUCUAGAAAAGGUUACUGUGGUGGUCGACGGCUCAGAAGCAGAAGAUUUCCAGGAGCUUCUUUCUCGCUCAAUCCCAUCUCUACCAUAUGGAUCGCCCGGCCAAGCCUACGUGGUUUUCCAAAAGCCAGAAGGCGUCUCCACUGGGAAAUUUGCAAACACCAUGAAGUUCGUCUUGAAAGAGGUGGAUCCAACGACAAACCAGCCAGAGGAUGAAGGCUACGACGAUGAGUACCAGCUCGAGGAUCUCCAGGUGACAGCCGCGGACUACUUCGUGAAGACGAGCGUGGUGAGCUUCAAAAGCACCUGGGAGAGCCUCCAGAGCGAGUUCGAGGCCGAGUAUGGGCUGGGUCCGCGCGAGAGCGUCCAAGAGGCAGUCCAGGCGGUGAUUGGCAUCCUCGGAAUGCAGCCGUGCGAGGGGAGCGAGGUGGUGGCCGCCAACGCGAGAUCUCACGUCUGCUUCCUGGCCGCAAAGUUUCUGGGAGAGAUCCAGGUGUUGGUGAAGCUCGCAUUUGGAAUGGACGCGAAGAAGGCCGUAAUGAUGAAACUCACGGCGCGCUCCGACGACGAGGGAGUGUGCUCCAUCGUUCACGACAUUAUCGGCAAUGCUUGAUUUUUUGGUUGAUUAAUCCAUAUCCAGAAUAUUCUUAUUCUAGGGUCUUAGAACCCUAAACCUCCAA